AUGUACUACUACCAUUCACUAGACGAUAUGGUCUUAGGUACCUCCAACAAUACGUCCUACAUCAAUACAGAAUUUACUCAGAAUAUAGACUACCUAGAGUAUGUCCCUCCAAGCACUACACGAACCCACCACCUCCAAGACAAUACAAAUUUGACAAACUUUAUCAAAUACAUGAACUCAAACCCAGACUAUGUAUACCACAACAAGUUUCUCUAUAUGAGAUUACACAAUAUCUGCUGGAGGAGAAUUUUCAAAAACCACAAAAACAUACCAGAGCUUAACCCAUUAGCUAUCAACUGGGACAAAAAUUCAGAUAUCACUUGGCUAUUUGGACCAAAGAUUGAACAACCAGCAAGCUCAGUACCUUCAUACCCCUUUGCCAAUGCGCAACAACAAAGUCAACAAACCCAACAAACCGUGUCACUCUUGCUGCUGCUGCUGCUGCCGACGCAGGCAAAGGCUGCCGAAGCACAAGCACAGGAAUCAAAUGUAAUGAUCUUUCGCAAUGAAUCAUCUUUAGAUGACUUGGACAAUGCUAUAGAAGAUGGUGUUGAAGAUGAUAGAAUGUCUGUUUCUUCUUAUGAAUCAGAUUCCGACUCGUCCUCAAUCUGUUUACAGUUUGACCAAGAUUUUAUCCCUACAUUAUCUGCAGCAUCCAGAAAGGAUUCAACUACUUCGACCUCAACAACCUCCACUUCGGUCACUUCAUUGAUGGAAUUGGCAGCCACUGCAGAGGCAACAAAAGAGAUCAAAUCCAUUUUGAAACAACAUCACAACAAGACAAAUAAUAAUAGUAAUAAUAGUAAUAGCAACAGCAACAACAAUAAUAAUAAUGUUGAGAAACAAGGAGGAAGAGAAGUUUAUAACCAACCAAAUAAAUCAGUGAGCUUCAACUAUAUUAUAAGCACUAGAGAGAUUAUUGAUAAUAUUGCAUUGGACUACAGUUUUUUGGAUAGAAACUGUCUUUAA